UAUCCAGCUGGUGGGAUGGAGGGGGAGGGGGCAGGAAAGACGACCGUUCCCCCUCUGGGAGCUGCGACCCAGAGUGUCUUGCGUUCCCUGCCGGACCUGCCCCGCUUCAGGAUGAAGUGGUCCGGGCUGGUGCUGGUGCUGCUGCUGGCUGCGGCGAGCCCUGGGACCCGGGGUGAGGAAGGGCUGGAUUUCCCCGAAUACGACGGCAUCGACCGCGUCGUCGACGUCAACAUGAAGAACUACAAGUCGGUGCUGAAGAAGUUCAGCGUGCUGGCGCUGCUCUACCACGAGCCCGUGGGGGACGACAAGGCCUCGCAGAAGCAGUUUGAGCUGGAGGAGCUGAUUUUAGAGUUAGCAGCACAAGUCCUGGAGGAGAAGGGUGUGGGGUUUGGCCUGGUGGAUUCGGAGAAGGACGCAGCGGUGGCCAAGAAGCUAGGGCUGACGGAGGAGGACAGCGUGUACGUGUUCAAGGAGGACGAGAUGAUCGAGUACGACGGGGAGUUUUCAGCCGACACCCUGGUGGAGUUUCUCCUGGACGUGCUGGAGGACCCGAUGGAGUUCAUAGAGGGAGAACGUGAGCUCCAGGCCUUCGAGAACAUUGAAGAUGAGCCCAAGCUCAUUGGCUACUUCAAGAAUGAAGAAUCAGAGCAUUACAAGGCCUACCUGGAUGCAGCUGAGGAAUUCCAUCCAUACAUCCCCUUCUUUGCAACCUUUGAUGGCAAGGUGGCCAAGAAGCUGACCCUGAAGUUGAACGAGAUUGAUUAUUAUGAGCCCUUCAUGGAGAAGCCCAUCACCAUCCCGGACAAGCCCAACAGCGAGGAGGAGAUUGUGCAGUUCAUCGAGGAGCACAAGAGGUCCACCUUGAGGAAGCUCAAGGCAGACAGCAUGUAUGAGACCUGGGAAGACGACAUGGACGGAAUCCACAUUGUGGCCUUCGCAGAGGAGGACGACCCUGAUGGUUACGAGUUCCUGGAGAUCCUGAAGGACGUUGCCCAGGACAAUACGGACAAUCCCGACCUGAGCAUCAUCUGGAUCGACCCAGAGGACUUUCCCCUGCUGAUCCCAUACUGGGAGAAGACGUUUGAUAUCGACCUGUCUCAGCCCCAGAUUGGUGUGGUCAAUGUCACAGAUGUGAGUAUAACAAACCUGCAGCAGAUGCCCGAGUGUCCAAACCGGUCUGGGUGGGAGUCAGCUUCUCUGCCAGUCCCUGGGGAUGGGGCCCCGGCCUGUGUUUCCAACAUGUGCUGGAGGUGUGUCACAGCCCAGGGAAAACCAGGGAGGUGUGUCACAGCCCAGGGAAAACCAGGGAACACGCUUCUGACAUGCUUGGUCCUGUGCGCUCUGCACAGAUCGGUCAGUGUCAGAAAUGCCCCGGCACUGGCUCCACUCAGCAUCCCGGCCCUGCUACUGUCCGGGCCCUAUGGCACACACUGGACCACGGAACAUCCAGCCUGGAGCCUGAAUGAAUUAUGGGCCAGACCUGGAGGCCCCUGGUGAUGCCCAGAGCUGGGU